GUCCUGACUCCUGACAGUAGGCGGCUCGCGGCUGUGGUUGACGGAGGUGUUUCCCUGACUUCCUGACCAGAUGGCGCACAGAACGAGUCUAGUGGCGGUGGUGGUGGUGAUGGUUUACCUGUCUGCCGCCGUGGACGCUCAGGUGUUUUACCGUGGCAACUGUCCGCGGACCCCCAUCAUCAAGGACUUCGACUGGGACCAGUACCUAGGGCGGUGGUUCGAGCAGGAGCGGUACUUCGUGGCCUACCAGGAGGUGGGGCGGUGCUGGAGCGGCACGUACCUGCGGAACGCGAAGUCGGGCAAGAUCUCCGUCAGGCUGGACUUCCGCGACGUGUUACUCAAGCAGCCGAAGCAGAUUACAGUGGACGUGUUUCAGAAGAGGCCUUACGAGGCGCCCAACCGCCUCACCUACACCAUCCCCGGCGUGAUCGGGUUCGAGGACAACUACGAGGUGCUGGCCACGGACUACAACAACUGGACCCUCGAGUACGCGUGUGUCAACAAGCCUCCCUUUGGGCAUACCCGGACAGCGUGGAUCCUGACCCGCAGCCCCCACCCCAGCGCCGCCGUGAUCCGCGCGGCGAAGGACACGCUCACCCACAUCGGCAUAGACGUUAGCCUCCUGAAGAAGCAAGAGACCUCCUGCUUCGUCUAGCCGCAGGUUGGCGCCGUCGCUCAUCCCAGCCGUCCCCUCCUUGCUGCUCGCCUCGCCACGGAACACUGGGGAUAAGUUUCAAACACGAGUGCAGAAUCAGUAAUUGUUACGUUGUUACAAAGAAUGUUCAGUAAAAGUAUGUGUGGAUGAUACAAACACGGGAACACACUUACUGUUACCCUCAUUGUUCCUGUGAUUGAGGUGACGCAGUGUGUUCGAGCUGUUGCUGAGGACGGCGUUAAUCACAAAGGAUAAACUGCACACACGGGUACUUUCUCACUGUUACUUAAAUUGUUUCCGUGAAUGGCAUGAAGUGUUUGUUGUUGACAUGCCAUCACGGGACAUUCCUGUUCGGUUAAAGUUUGAAAUGCUUUUCACAUGACAUGAAUAAAAAGAAGUAAGAU